AUGUACGAGUCUAAAGUGGCUAUAGAGUUGGGUAGGAUACUCCCCAGUGCGACUGUGACAGAGGAUGUUAUUGACAACUAUCUGGAUACCAUCACAACAUGUCUACACUCAGCAGCAGCUGCCUAUAUACCACGUGGUGUGUACAGACCAUACCUUAAACCCUAUUGGAAAGGAUCAAACCUGGACUAUUACCACUUCCAGAUGAGACAAGCAAAGCGCCACUGGGUAUCCAAGGGGAAACCAAGACAAGAAUACAACCAAGCUUACAUAGGCUAUAAAGACUCAAAGAGAGAGUUCAGACAACAGAUGAGAACAGCGGAACGAAAAUGGAAAAGAGAGAAAUAUGUUGAAAUUAACACAGCUAGUGAAGUUGACAUUGCCGAGUUUUACAGAACUGUUAAGAAACAGAGAAGGAAAGUUGCAUCAAAUGUACAGAGCAGCAUUAAGUAUAAAGAUAAAUGUGCCUCUACUCCCAUUGAAGUAUGCGACCUGUGGUCGGAGUAUUACUGUGACCUACUUUCGCCAUACGAAAGCAACAACUUCGAUGCUGACCAUUUUGAAUCUAUAAACAAUGCGGUCGAAGAGAUAGAACGUUCUGAUGUCCCAUCGUAUGACCCAAUAUUGGAAAAUGGUGUCUCUGGCCUGGAUGCAGUGAGCAGUCUAGUUCCCCUUCUCGUCCUCUCGGCGUCAGUAACUCCCCGAGAUCCUGACGUGACGCCUUCAGUGACAGGAGUUGAGGUUGAUGACACAGAUGCUGGCGAUGCUGUGACAAGAGACGAGGAGGAGACUGACGACAUUAGAGGUCACGGUCGAGAACCAGGAGGUGGAGGCGGAGGGGGGAAGCAGAGUUCGGAGGAGAAAGCAUCACGGGAAUUGAAGUCAGCUGAAAGAUCAUCUAGGGAGUCAAGGGAGAGCGGCUCCAGAAAUGGUGGGAGGAGUGCUAGGAGACGUGGUGGUGGACGUAGUGGGAGACGUGGUGGCGGACGUAGUGGGAGACGUGGUGGGAAAAGUGGUGGGCGGAGUGAUGAGGGGAGCAGUGGCGAGAGUGGCGAGGUCUUGCCAGGUCUUGAAACAGCAUCAGAGGUAACUACCAAAGCAGUAGCGACGACGGAAGCAACAUCAGAAGCAGAAGCAACAACUGAAGCAGAAGCGACAACAGAAGCAGAUGCGACAACAGAAGAAGAAGCCACAACAGAAGCAGAAGCCACAACAGAAACAGAAGCAGAAGCCACAACAGAAGCAGAAGCCACAACAGAAGCAGAAGCGACAACAGAAGCAGAAGCGACAACAGAAGCAGAAGCCACAACAGAAGCAGAAGCCACAACAGAAGCAGAAACAACAACAGAAGCAGAAGCGACAACAGAAGCAGAAGCCACAACAGAAGCAGAAGCCACAACAGAAGCAGAAGCCACAACAGAAGCAGAAGCCACAACAGAAGAAGAAGCCACAACAGGAACAGAAACAACAACAGAAGCAGAAGCGACAACAGAAGCAGAAACCACAACAGAAGCAGAAGCCACAACAGAAGCAGAAGCCACAACAGAAGCAGAAGCGACAACAGAAGCAGAAGCCACAACAGAAGCAGAAGCCACAACAGAAGCAGAAGUUACAACAGAAGCAGAAGCGACAACAGAAGCAGAAGCUACAACAGAAGCAGAAGCCACAACAGAGGCAGAAGCAAUGACAGAAGCAGUAGCAGCUAGAGAAGCAGAAGCAACUACAGAAGCAGAAGCCACAACAGAAGCAUUGGCGACGACAGAAGCGUCAACAACAACAAUUGCUUCAAUGCAGGCUCCAACAAAGAAGCCUAAAGGCAAAAAGAGAGGAAAAAAGUACAGACGUGGUAAGAAAGGACGUGGUGGGAAGAGGACGAGCAAAGAGAAGAAGAGCAGAGGGCCCAAAGGUAGACAAAGAAAGAAAUCCCCAAAGAAAGGAAGAAGGCAUUGACCAGCCUGAAACUAGGCUUAGUGUGAUACGUCGGCGGAGAGUUACGAACUAAACUAUUAACUAGA